AAGAACGCACGCGGCGACUGUCGAGUCACGCAGCGUCGCGCCGUCCUGUCACUGCAGUGUUGACCCAGCAGCUGUUGGCGCCGGCUUAUCGUCCAUCACAGUCUGUUCUGAACCACGGGGUAAACUGGUACAGAACACAGUUUAUGUGUGUCGUUCGCCGAUGUUAAUCGACCAGUACUUUUUUAACCAGCAGCGUUGAAGUGUCCAGCUGUAUACAGCUAUAUACGUUUAUAACGUGACGCUAAGCUAACGCUAACUGUCAGCCCAGACCAUGGACCAGAACAGCAGCCCAUCGUUCCCAGUUCAGCUGUACAUCUACGACAUCUCCAGAGGCAUGGCGAGACAGCUCAGCCCCAUGAUGCUGGGAAAGCAGCUGGAUGGUAUAUGGCACACUGCCGUCGUGGUCCAUGGGGAAGAGUUCUUCUACGGUGGGGUGGGAAUCACAAACUGUCCCCCGGGUGGGACUGAGCUGGGACAGCCUAACUCCAUCGUGGACCUGGGGGUGACCGAAGUCACUGGAGAGAUCUUUAUGGAUUAUCUCACCUCGCUGGGAGAGUCCACAUACAGAGGGGAGACGUACCACUUGUUUGAGAACAACUGCAACACCUUCAGCAACGAGGUGGCCCAGUUCCUCACAGGCAGCAGGAUCCCAGAGUACAUCACAGACCUGCCCUCCGAAGUGCUCUCCACGCCCUUUGGUCAGGUUCUGCGUCCUAUCCUGGAAUCCAUGACUGUCUCCCCUUCGGGAGCAAACUCCUUCAACAACAGCCAGCGAUAAAGAGUGACAAGUCCUACUAACUAAGUAACUACUCAAAAGGUUGGACCGACUGGAACUGAAAUUUAUGCAAGCCACCGUGUGGGUUCUUAGCUGUGAUUGGUCUUUAUCAGUGUCAGUGACCAGUUCUGUUAUAUCUCUAACGUAAUCAAUCAUUGGAGGAUUGUGGCGGUGUUUGUAUCAGAUGGAUGAAUAAUUAAUUUACAAUGAUAGUGUGUUACUUGGGAUUGGGUGAAGUUAGCUGCGAUUCUAAAAGUCUACACAUUCACAAGCUCACACACCCUGAUGGAAAUGAGCAAACAAACAGAGAACUGAGGACCAUUAUUUAGCUCACCAUUAUCAUCUUCAACCUAUGUAUGUGGUUUCUUCAUGCUGACAACUCUUAUAGAUGUACCUCUCUAGUGCUGCAACCUUGUCAUACAACUCUUGACUAACACUACACCAGCAGAGCCUGUCCGACCCCGAGGUUCAUCCUCAGCCAUCGGGUGACCCUCACCGUACUUGGUGACGCUCUCCGUGUCAUUUUGAAGUUCUGGAACUUGAACUUUUAUAUGAGAUUUCUAACUUGAUGGACGCACUACCUUGCCCAUCAAAAUUGAAAUGGGCUUGAUGCAAAUCAACUUCAUCCAAACUUUCGGGAUUUCGUCCACUGAUAAUUUUGUACAGAUAGUAAUUUAGACUUAUUUUUUCCAUUGUGAGUCUUUAAUAUAUAAUCCUUCUGAUAGCUCCUGUUUAUCAUCUGAUUGAAUGAAUGUGUAAUUAAUAUCAGAAUUUUAUUUUUGGGCCCAGGCAUUUUUACUCAAUGUUGGGUACAUCUAUUAAUAUACAUUUUUUGACUUUUCAGUUUAUUGUUUAUGGCAAUGGCUAUCUGACACUCCAAGAUGGUUUAAGAGAUGGAUGGAGGGAGGGAUGGAGGGAAGA